AUGGCCAUACAUAGAUGGGGGGUAGGGAGGGUAGGGCCAGCCGGCAUAAGGAGGAGGAUAGAGAGGAGGAUAGGGGGAGGGAGGGGUUUGAGGUGGGGGCGUGGGUGGAGGCGGGGUGGUGGGGAUGGAGGGCGUGGGGGUGGUGGUGGGUGUGGGGAGAAGGUGUUGGACUUGCUGGAGGACGUGAGGGGAGAGGUGCUGAGCGAGGACAUUAUGGAGGUUAGGUGGAGAGGGAGCAUAGGUGGAGAGAGUGCGAAUGUCAUGAGGGGUGGGGCGAGGGGUGAUGGUGUUCCAACGCGGAGGGGGGCCUGUGUUGCCGCAUGCAAGCCAUUCAUCAGUGAGGGCUUUGAAGCACGUUUCAGUUGGGAUGGGGGCUUGAGGGGCGGGUUCGGUCGGGAGUGGUGGGGCGUCAGGGGGGGAGGAGCCUGGGAGCGGGGGCGGGGUGGGAGGGAGGCCGUGAGGCGUUUCGAGGACGACGUCAAGGAGGCAAUAAUCUCCCACUCGAACGGAGCCAAGGUACGUGAAGAGGCUCUCUUCAAACGACACCCAAUUGACUGCGGUGGUGCCGUUGAGGAGCUCGAGUUUGUCUAUUGA